CCGGUGACUGGUGUCCCUGCUCUUGUAGGCCAUGACAUUGAUGGAGUACCUCAUCAAGACUGGCUCUGAGCGCGUGUCACAGCAGUGCAAAGAGAACAUGUACGCUGUGCAGACACUGAAGGACUUCCAGUACGUGGACCGAGAUGGCAAGGACCAGGGCGUGAACGUGCGGGAGAAGGCCAAACAGCUGGUGGCUUUGCUUCGCGAUGAGGACCGGCUUCGGGAGGAGCGCGCCCACGCGCUCAAGACCAAGGAGAAGCUGGCACAGACUGCCACGGCCUCCUCAGCAGCUGUGGGCUCUGGACCGCCCCCUGAGGCCCAGCAGGCCUGGCCACAGAGCAGUGGGGAGGAGGAGUUGCAGCUCCAGCUGGCCUUAGCCAUGAGCAAGGAGGAGGCUGACCAGGUACGGGCGCUGCAGAGGGAGAGGGGCUGGCUUCUGUUCUGCCAUCUUGUCCUCAUGCCUCGCUCGCCUCACUGUCCCUCCACCUGCUCUCCCUCUCCCUGCCCCUGCCCUGUCUCUCUUCUGCUCCUCCACCUCUACCGAGGGUGGAGGAGGCUGAGCUGGAGUCCCCAGGCAGGUGCUGAGCGGAGCAUCUUGGCCUCCACAGCAGUCGGGGGCUUUGACACAGAGCCUGAUGAGUUCUCAGACUUUGACCGGCUCCGAGCCACUCUGCCGACCUCUGGGAGCAGCACGGGGGAACUGGAGUUGCUUGCAGGAGAGGUCCCCGCCCGCAGCCCAGGUGCAGGGGACAGGAGUGGGGUUGGGGACUCUCUGGCUGAGGCUGUGGGGAGUCCCCCACCUGCUGCGCCCCCCCCUCCUGUCAAGGGUGCAGGGAAGGUUGAAGGGAUGGCAGAAGUGGCUGCCACUCCACAGAUAAGAGGCUGUCGGUCCCCAGGGGCCCUGGUGCUCCGUCGGGGUUCUGUUGGUUUGGUAGCUGUCUGCCUGGCUGAGCAGUUCACUUGA